GAUCUUAAAAACUGAACUAGGUCACAUUAGGGUUUAUAAUCUAAAAGCUCAUUCGCUUCAUAUCUCACUCUUAGAAGCCAUAGCCGUCGAGCUUCUCUCUCCCUCUCUACCGUCUUCACAGAUCAACCUUCAACAAUGGUCUUCGUCAAGUCGCAGAAAUCGAAGGCUUACUUCAAGCGGUUUCAGGUCAAGUUUAAGAGAAGGAGAGCUGGAAAGACUGAUUACAGGGCAAGGAUUCGCCUGAUUAAUCAGGACAAGAACAAGUACAACACUCCCAAGUAUCGUUUUGUUGUGCGAUUUACCAACAAGGACAUCACUGCUCAAAUUAUAUCAGCCAGUAUUACUGGAGAUAUGGUUCUUGCAUCAGCCUAUUCUCACGAACUUCCUCGUUACGGACUUGAAGUUGGUCUUACAAACUACGCUGCAGCUUACUGCACUGGUCUUCUUCUUGCAAGACGGACAUUGAAGACCCUUGAAAUGGAUGACGAAUAUGAGGGCAAUACUGAGGCUACUGGAGAGGACUACUCUGUUGAACCAGCAGAAACUAGGAGGCCUUUCCGCGCUUUACUUGAUGUUGGGCUGAUCAGAACCACAACUGGAAACCGUGUGUUCGGUGCUCUCAAGGGAGCUUUGGAUGGUGGUUUGGAUAUUCCUCACAGCGACAAAAGGUUUGCUGGAUUUGCAAAGGACGGAAAGCAACUUGAUGCUGAGGUUCACCGCAAGUAUAUUUAUGGCGGUCACGUUGCCACAUAUAUGAAUACUUUGAUGGAGGACGAGCCAGAGAAAUACCAAUCGCACUUUAGCGAAUACAUUAAGAAAGGAAUUGAGGCAGAUGGCCUCGAGGCUUUGUACAAGAAGGUCCAUGCUGCAAUUCGUGCUGAUCCCACUGCCAAGAAAUCAGAGAAGCAACAACCUAAAGAGCACAAGAGGUAUAAUUUGAAGAAGUUGACAUACGAGGAAAGGAAAAAUAAGUUGAUUGAGCGACUGCAAGCUCUUAACUCAGCUGCUGAUGCUGAUGAAGAUGAUGAUGAGUAGAAUUUUCAUGUCAGCCUCUGAGCUUAAAAAUGUCAAUUUUUUUUACUUUUGGUACACAUGCUACUUGAUCUGUAUUUGGAACCAAGUGUUUUUGAAUAUUUUUGGAGUUAAGCUAGUUAGACUAUCAAUGUUUAAGAUAUCAGGGUUUUGCAUACUAAGCUUGGUAUGAAUGCAAUUUCGGUUUUGAGCA